AUGCUCGCCCUGGAGGCUGCACAGCUGGACGGGCCGCACUUCAGCUGCCUGUACCCAGAUGGAGUCUUCUAUGAUCUGGACAGCUGCAAGCACCCCGGCUACCCCGACUCCGAGGGGGCUCCCGACUCCCUGUGGGGCUGGACCGAGGCCCCGCCCGUGCCCGCGGCCUCCUAUGAAGCCUUCGACCCGUCCGCUGUUCCCUUCGGCCACCCCCAGGGCAUCCAGCUCUGUUACGGACCCUCCACCUACAGUGCUGCGGGGAGUCUCGACCCCAUCCCCAGCCUAGAGGCCCCAGGGCCCGGCUUCCCAGCGUACCCCACCGAAGACUUCGCCAGCCAGACCCUGGGCCCCCCCACCUAUGCUCCGUACCCCAGCCCCGUGCUCUCUGAGGAGGAGGAUCUUCUGCUGGACAGUCCUGCCCUGGAGGUCUCGGACAGCGAGUCAGAUGAGGCCCUCACGGCUGGUCCCGAGGGGAGGGGAUCUGAGGCAGGGGCCCGCAAGAAGCUGCGCCUGUACCAGUUCCUGCUGGGGCUGCUGACGCGCGGGGACAUGCGCGAGUGCGUGUGGUGGGUGGAGCCGGGCGCCGGGGUCUUCCAGUUCUCGUCGAAGCACAAGGAGCUGCUGGCGCGGCGCUGGGGCCAGCAGAAGGGCAACCGCAAGCGCAUGACCUACCAGAAGCUGGCGCGCGCGCUGCGCAACUACGCCAAGACCGGCGAGAUCCGCAAGGUGAAGCGCAAGCUCACCUACCAGUUCGACAGCGCGCUGCUGCCCGCCGCCCGCCGGGCCUGA